AUGGCUGGCAAGAGCUUCAUUAUCCUCUUUGUCCUGCUUCUUGUGGUUGCCUUCCCUAACAUAGAAGCUGGUGAAGAUGCUCCAAAAAUAACAGAGAAGAAAGUAGACGUGGUGGUGGAAGCCAUGGUGUACUGCCAGAGCUGUGAGCACUUUGGAACCUGGUCUUUGACUGGAGCCAAGCCCAUUCCUUCGGCCAAAGUAAGUGUUACCUGCAAAAACAACAAAGGUCAUGUUAGCUACUAUAAGGUCUUUGACACAGAUAAAAACGGUUACCUAUAUGCUCCACUUGAAGGAUUCAAGAUGCAAAACUAUAUACUAGAUCAUCCUCUACAAUCUUGCUACGUAAAACUGGUUUGGUCUCCUCUUGAAAGUUGCAGCCUUCUCUCGAAUGUCAACUAUGCUCUGAAUGGGGCUCCACUUCGUUAUGAGAACAAGAAAUUGCAUGGAAGUAUUUACGAGGCUGUCAUCUACGCUGCUGGACCCUUGGCUUUCCGUCCCUCUGAUUGCUCACAUAUUAAUACUACUCACAAUUAA